GCCAUUACGCGUUCGCGGCCUCCAGUAUUCUCCAAUUGAAUAUACGACAACAGCGUGGGAAUGACUCGUCCGUCGGCACUUGUACGCAAACGACUUAGCUAACGUGCGUAGCGACAAAGACGGCGAGCCCGAGACCUAUGGGGAAGGAAUAAAAAAAAAAAGAAAUCCAGUAUCGUCCCUUUCCAUAAUCCAACAGUGUUCUACUUGGAAGUCGUACCUGGAAUUUAACGUUGUCUUAGGUUAGGUUUUUGUCUAACGGUGUACCUUACGAACGCUGAAGACGUUUUUUUUCGGCGGGGGUGGGGGGAAAGUAGACGGGCUGCCGCUGGACGUUCUGUAAGGCUCGGCUUCGGCGAGGGAGCCGCCAUGGCAGUGGGUUCACGUCGGCUCCACAUCGGAAUAUGAAGAGGAACUGGACGGGCCGCAAAACGCCGCAUUUAGCCUACAUGCUAACAUUAGCGUCUUUAUGAAACCCACCCCGGAUUCGGAGUGAUUCUUUUAUGUUUUGUUUUUAAAAGGCCCAAUUCAUGAGAAUUUUAGAAGGAGACGUCUCUUCCUAAAGGGCCCCCUUCACAGAAAGAUUCCCAAGAGGGGGAAAAUGCACACGUUUGGCCAGAAAGUCUUCGUUUAUUAGGCCAGCGUCUCCUUUCUGUCUUCCCCUUGGACAAGACAUUUGCUGUCACUCCCCUGCCCCUUGUUUUUAUUUAGUGUUUUUUAUUUUGUUUUUUGUUUUUGGAUGAGAAGCUUCAGAGAUCCCAUCCGUGGCUAAAGCAAGUUCUCCGAGAACCACCAGCGAGCGCUUUGAACAUGUCAGGCCGGCCCAGGACCACCUCCUUCGCGGAAAGCUGCAAGCCGGUGCCGCAGCCGUCCGCCUUUGGCAGCAUGAAAGUCAGCCGGGAUAAAGAUGGCAGCAAGGUAACAACAGUGAGGGCCACACCUGGCCAAGGCCCCGACCGGCCACAGGAGGUGAGCUACACAGACACGAAGGUCAUCGGCAACGGUUCGUUCGGGGUCGUCUACCAGGCCAAGCUGUGUGACUCGGGAGAGUUGGUGGCCAUCAAGAAGGUGCUGCAGGACAAGAGGUUUAAGAACCGUGAGCUGCAGAUUAUGAGGAAGUUGGACCACUGCAACAUUGUCCGCCUGCGCUACUUCUUCUAUUCCAGUGGAGACAAGAAAGAUGAAUUGUACCUAAACCUGGUCCUGGACUACGUUCCUGAGACAGUCUACAGAGUGGCCAGACACUACAGCCGAGCCAAACAGACCCUGCCCAUGGUUUAUGUCAAGCUUUACAUGUACCAGCUCUUCCGAAGUCUGGCCUACAUCCAUUCGUUCGGCAUCUGCCAUCGGGACAUCAAGCCUCAGAACUUGCUGCUGGAUCCCGAGACGGCCGUGCUGAAACUUUGCGACUUUGGCAGCGCCAAGCAGCUUGUCCGCGGCGAGCCCAACGUGUCCUACAUCUGCUCUCGCUACUAUCGAGCCCCCGAGCUCAUCUUUGGGGCCACUGACUACACCUCCAGCAUAGAUGUGUGGUCAGCAGGCUGCGUGCUAGCAGAGCUGUUGCUUGGACAACCAAUCUUCCCCGGUGACAGCGGAGUGGAUCAAUUGGUUGAAAUUAUCAAGGUUCUCGGCACACCGACCCGGGAACAAAUCCGUGAGAUGAACCCCAACUACACAGAGUUCAAAUUCCCCCAGAUCAAGGCCCAUCCUUGGACUAAGGUGAGUCCACAGACGUCUGUGUGUGCGAUGGGUGUGCAGGUGUUCCGGCCGCGUACGCCCCCCGAGGCCAUCGCCCUGUGCUCGCGCCUGCUGGAGUACACGCCCACCGCGCGGCUCACGCCCCUCGAGGCCUGCGCGCACUCUUUCUUCGACGAGCUGCGCGACCCCAACGUCAAGCUGCCCAACGGCCGCGAGAAGCCCUCCCUUUUCAAUUUCACCACCCAAGAACUGUCAAGUAAUCCGUCUUUGGCGUCUAUACUCAUCCCCGCUCAUGCUCGCAGUCAGGCCGCCGCCUCCACCCCAACCAACGCCGCUGCCAACACGGACGGCGGCAGCACGGAGCGAGUCCCCAACACCACCGCCGCCUCGGCUUCCGCCUCCAACUCCGCUUCCUGAGCACCGCUGCCACCUUCCGCCCGAUCUCUGCCCUCAGCCUGUGACCCCCCCCUCCCCCAAGUUGGUGUUUCGGCCAGUGCGACAGGCUACAACCACAAACAAAAAUCUGCCUUUUACCUCCCCCGCGAGCCCCCUCCACAGGCCCGCCACCCAGUCGUCGGUGGGUCGUCUGUCCGUGGGCCCAAAGUAGCCACAGGUGUGUGAACUCAAGAUAAACAUACACACACACACACACACAACGCUUGUCUGCUAAUGUUUUCCAGGACGAUUGUAUGUAUUUAAAAAAAUAAAUCAAUAAAAAAAAUCUGAAGCCGCCGCCCCCCAGCCCCCCCAAUUUACGGCAUCCUCACCGCCCCAAUUCUUCUUAAUACUUUUCUUCCUAUAUAGUGCAUGGCCUGAGAAUGGUUAGGGGACGGGGGUGCCUGGGUUGGGUGGGGUGCAGUCAAGGCAUGAGGUUCGUGCAAGCGUGUACACGCACACACACGCACACACACACACACACACACACACGAAUGCAUGUGCAAAGAAGCAAAUCCAGAUGGGAAUUUUUUUUUCCUUCAGCCAGGGGUUGUUUUUAAAAUGCUUAGCAAGCCGUUUUACUCAAUUUUGUUUUAAAAUAUUUUUCUACCCGCUUCGGGCAAUUUUUUUUUUUUUUUUUUUUUGUGUCGGAUGUGACAUGUUUAUCUGGUCCUGUGUGCUUGUAUAAUAUAUACAUAUUAAAAAAAAUGCAUUACAUACACAGUUUAUAUAUUACUUUUCUUUAUGUAUAAAAAGUAUAUAUAGAUAUAUGUAUAUUAACUACCAUGGUUCACAAGUCCGUUAAUGGGUGAGCUCUUAUCCGUCACGGGCGGCGGCAAUAUUUGCUGCUGACGACAAACAAUAGAAAUAGACCACGUGAUUUUUUUAUUUUUUAUUUUUAUUUUUUAAAUUUUUUUUCUCCCCCCUCUCAUGGUUUGGCUGUUUUUGCUCUCUUUUGCCCCCUUUUCCAUUUGUCAUCUUUAUUGAAGCUGUAGCUCUGGGUGGGGAACCUCUCUGCAUAUAACAGCUUGCCAUGUUCAAAAUGCAAAUUCAGUGACAUGAAAAAUGUUUACACCACAAUGUUGACAAUUAUAAUAAUAAAUGAGUUAGAUUGGUGCAUCAUAUAUUUUUUUUUAUAAUUUUGUUUUAGUAGGGCCUCCUUCAGACAAUUAUGAAAACUAAAAUAUUGGACCAACUAAAAUGGCAGUUGGUUGGAAAAUCUACAAUGGAUUCUCAUAAUAUAACCUAAAAUGGUUUGGAAUACAUCAAAUUAACACUGAUUGGACAUAAAAUGACCUAAGGUAGGGGGAAAACUUAAAUGGUCCACUGAUUGGACAAACUAAAAUCAAAACUAGAAUGGAAAAAUACAAAAUAACCCCUGGUUGGAAAAAACAAAAUGGACUCUGAUACGUCAAACUAAACGAGCCCAUGAUUGGACAAACUAAAGGCCCCUGAAAAGGUUCCCCACCCAUCCCCAUGGAGUCCUUUUUUUAACCACUAAGAUGUUCCCUUAGCGUCCUACUGCGUUUGCUAGUCCGGCAAAGCGUCGUCUUCUUAACGGAUAACACUCACUACACGCAAAAAAAAAAAAAAAAAAAAAAAAGAAAGAAAGGAAAAAAAUCUGAAAUUGUACAUACAGUAUAAAUGCUCCUCACCAAAAGUCAUUUUUACAUCGGUUUUCUUUUUCUGUUAUGUACAUAUGCAGACCCAUGUACUGUUUCAAAAGGAGAAGAAAAAAAAAAAAAAAAGAAGAAAAAAAACAACAACAAUGGCAGAAUCAGGGCAAAUGUUGAGUGGUGGAUGGAUAUUUUCGAUGAUCUUUAUCCAAUGUUGACCUGUACAGUACAGUAGAUGAUCUUCUUGUAAUGACAACUAGUCAUGUAUAGUGUAACUAUAGUUUGGAGUGCCUUUGCUUUCAUACACCUUCGCCUUGUGGCCACCCUCUCCAGUAAUUGUGACUCGUCCCCUUUUCCCUUUGGUGCUGUUGAAUGUCUCCCCCCCCCCCCCCCCCCCCCCCAGCCGCCCUACACACACUUAACUGUAAUAUACAGAUUGUUGAUUGACUGUUAAUAGCAAGGUUAGUUUCUUUUUAGUGUUUAUUUUGACCAGUUUUAUCUGGGACAAGCACACAAGCAGGCAGCACCGCAGUAGUCAUCGCACGGACCUCAAAUGAAGCUUUUUGACAACACACACACACACACGCACACACACACAAAAAGCCCUGUACAUAUUGUGAAAUGCAGUACAGUGUUACGAAGGAGUAUUAGGGCCAUGCUGAAAGAAGGAAAGAAAACAAUAAAAAUGUCCACUCGUGAAGAAUGUUUUUGAGGGGGGGGGGAUCAUCAUUGUAUGAGGAUAUUGUUAUAAUAUUACCAGAAAAUUAUUAUUAUUAUUUUUUUUUUUUAAAUGAAAGUGCUGUACAGUAUUUAUUAUGUACUGUAUGAGGGCCACACAAAAGUGAUAGAAUUCCAAAGAAGCGAAACGUGACUGAAGACACAAUUUUACCAGAUCCAAGUGGAACUAUUUUGGGGGGGAAAGUCAGAAUUAUACAAGAGUAAAGUUAUAGUAUUACGAGAAUAUUUUUUAAGUUGGAACAUUAUGAGCUAGAAAUGAAGACUGUUGACGAGCUAACCGUUCAAGCACAAGCUUGACAAAAAUGUAAAAAAAAAACAAAAAAACAUAACAUUAGAACUUUCUCCCUUUAGCAUUACAAAUAAUUCUCAUAAAUUACAAUGCAAACAUUUAAUAAUUGUUGUACUCAUAAUCGCUCAAGGUUAAAAUGACUUUAUUCUCGUAAAUUACAACAUUCCGACAACAGUGAAAAGUGACAAAAAUUAAGAUGACUACUUAAGCUGUAACAGUACAACUUCAUUCUUGUAAUUGGCUAACUUUAUUGUUUUAACAAUUAUACACCUUUAUCCUCGUAUCAUCUCACCUUUUUCUCAUGUUACCAUUUUUUUCCUCUCCUCAUAAUAUUAAAACUUGUGUCAUUAUGACUUAAUUCUCAUAAUAUUCUAUCUUUAUUGUUGUAACAUUAUGCCUUAUCCUUUCUAUCAUUGCAAUGAUAUCUUGAUGCUCGUUGUUAAUUACAAUUAAGAUGGCAACUUAAUUGUUGUACCAUUAAGUUUUUUUCAUAAGAUUACCACUUCAGUCUGAUAGAUAACAACUUUAUUCUUGUAUUGUUGCAACUUAAUUCUCUCAAUAGUCCAACUUCAUUUUAAUAAGAGUGCAACUGCUGGUACUUAAUUGUCUAAUGUUGACUAUCAUGUUCUCGCAACGUUACGACUUAUUUCGUGUUAUAUUACCGUUGAUUUUCCCCCCUAAUAGUUCUUGUGUUGGUUCUUGGAGGUAACAAUGUGGAUAUGUUUUCCUUUUCCUGUAUGUCUUGACAUAUUUGGGAAAGAUUAGUCCAGUAUUCAGUAGCACCUAAGGGUUCGAGUCAUGCGACAUCUCUCCCGCCUGCUGUAAUUUUGCAUCCACGAACAUGUUGCAGCCCUCAAACUUCUCUCUCUCCUAAACACCCACUCCCAUAAAAACACCAUAAAGAUUGCCCCAAAAAAUAGCAAGUGGAGAUGCUCUUGUUUCAUGGUAGCGUAGCACAAUGUGCUAACUGGGUUCAAGAAAAGAGAAUUGUUGAAAAGACUCCAAAUAAACAACAACAAAACAUCCCAUAUAACAGUACAGUACUACUACUUGAAUGACUUUGUUUGUGACUGAACAUUUUUAUUUCAUUUGUUUGUUUUCUUUGGUUCUGUGAAAUUAUGCUAAAUGUGCGCCUGUGUAAAUAUUCCCUCUGCGUGCUCUGAGGAAUAGUUCCCUGGUACUGUAAUUUGCAUUAAAUAAAGAGUAGGAUAGCCUGGAAAUGAA